AUGGAUCCUAAUGGCUCCUACCCCAACAAAGUUACAUCUGGUGAGAAUGAUGCCUACAUUUCCCCCUUGCAUGAAGCAUUGAGAGGCACGAGAGCCAUGCCAGUGUUAAAUGAUAUUUUGGCCUUUGAGUCACUACCAUCAGAUUCACCUUCCAUGGCGAACUCCUCAUCUGCACCCGAUGCACCACCUGAACCUACCAUGAUGCUAGUCAAUGAUAGUUCCAUGAUGCCACACCAUGAGAAUGUAGGUCUAGCACCACUCCCACCACAAUUGUCUGAUACAAUUAUUAAUCCUUUAUCCAUGGUUAAUACCAUAGUGUCCCAACCCAACAAUGAGGAAAUCCAUCAAGAUGAACAUGAAAUGUUCAGGCAUGAAGACUUCCUUUCAAACCCUUUGUGGAAUUACGCUGACUCCUAUCAUCAUACACAUACCUCGUCCAUGGAGUCUCCAUCAUUCACAUCCUUACUCCAAACAGAUCCAAAUUCUAUUGUUCAUACCCACCUUAACACUAAUGGAGCAAUGGAGGAUGGUUCAAUCUAUGACAUGCCCGCCAUACAUGUCUCUGAGAACAUACAAGAUGGAAGGCUACUAUAUGAUGCUUCUUAUGGUGUACCUGCCCCUAUUUCUCCAUUCAUGGCAACCUCACAUGUACCAAGAGAAUAUAACACCCCUCUAGUUGGUCCAAAUGGCAUUUCUGAUAGUGCUAUUUUGCAUGAUUCUACAUCCUUGGGUAAUUACACAUGCAAGAUUUGCGGUCGCAAAUUCAACACAUCUCAAGCCUACGGUGGUCACAUGAGUUCCCAUGCCAAAGAAAGGAAGAAACACCUACAAAGUUGA